AUGGCUUCCAUAAAAGCGUUUGCCUACAUCUUUGCGCUAUUAAUACACAGCGUAUCAGUGAAAUUCAUUCUGAAUGAAAUCAAGUACGAUUCUGAGGUGGAAGACGGAAACUACACCAGUGUCAGUGAUGAUUCCCUUACUAGUAAUAUCGAUUUCGGAACGAACGUAACACAUCUGGAUAUGCUAAAUGACGCGACAAAAGACGAGCAGAUGGACACCUCAGAUGACGUGACGAAAGAUAGGCAAUCAAAUACAUCAGUUGAGUCGACGAAAGACAGGGGACCGUUGAAUCCCGGAAAGUGCGUCAUCGAUCACACGGACGACGGACCUGUUUUCGAAACGAACAGUCUGAAGUCGAUCUAUCUCAACAACAUACAUUCGAGCGUUACCGCGAACCUGAUUGAAGAUAACGUCUCCAUAGAAAGCAUCGAGUCGAACGGUGUGAGCCUGUCCGAGGUGGCGCGUGGUGAUUGCGGUGGCGCGAAGGUCUGUUCGCAUGUGAACGGGAACUGGAGCGACAAGAGCACCAUAAUGAUCGGGUUCCUAAGUGCCUAUGGAUAUAGUCAGACCGUGCUCGGUGCUCUGCCGCUGGCCGUGGCAGCUGUGAAUAGGGAGCCAAGUCUACUACCAGGGCUUAGGUUGCGAUUCCUCGCGGCAGAUAUCGGCCGCCCACGGCCACCGUUGCCCCUAGAUAAGGACUCGUUAUCCUUGAGGGUGAUGACGCAAAUGCGCGAUCUCGGCGUCGUCGCGUUCUUCGGCUUGGACGGCACGUGUCUGACGGAGGCGAGACUGGCCGCCGCGUGGAACCUGCCUCUCAUAUCGCACAAAUGUGCCGGAGCCCACGGAAGUAGGGAGGCGGGAGGCUUGGGCGCUACCUUCGCCAGGACGCUGCCGCCGGCGCACAAGGUCAGCAAAUCCGUGGUGGCCCUGCUGAAGGCCUACGGCUGGAGCAAGUUCGCGAUAGUCGCCGGCGACGAGCACACCGCCGCUGGACAGCAGAUGGACGCUAUCAAGGAAUUGUCUCAGAUCAAUGGACUGACGAUCACAGCAGAACAUCGAUUUACAGACUAUUUGCCACACAAAUCCGAGCAUAUUGAGAAGAUUGUUGACCAGACCUAUGACAAAACGAGAAUCUACGUUUUCCUGGGUGAGCAUGUGGCCCUUGUGGAUUUCGUGAGCGUGCUGAGGAGGCGAGGCCUUCUAGAUGCCGGGGAGUACGCUGUAGUCGCCGUCGACGACGAGAUUUACGACCCCAGCACAGCCGCUAUUACACACGCCGAUCACCUGAUACAGAACAGCAGCAAGGAUAUUCUGGCAUUCAGGGCGGUGCUCAAGCUUACCCCUUCGUAUCCUACUAACCCUCACUAUCCAAGGCUGUGUCGUAUGAUACGAGAGCUGUCUGCGGCUUCGCCUUUCUGCGUACCGAAUUACCACAAGUUAUUUGAAGACGCUUCGGUGCCUAUAGAAGCGGCUCACUUGUACGACGCUGUCACUAUUUGGGCGCGCGCCGCCACCGCUGCCAUGAGGAAUGGCCUCCCGGCGACAGAUGGCGCCACACUCAUGAAACUGCUUAGACCUACUACCUACAGGUCACUGCAAGGAUUUGACGUGAACAUGGACAGUGCCGGAGAUGCCGAGGGAAACUUUUCGGUGAUAGGCCUGGUGGAGGACCACAGUGCACCCGGCGGCUGGAGCGCGCAGCCGGUGGCAGCAUUCCGAUACGCGAACACCACGGACCCGUUGCCGGAGCUGGUGGGCGGUAAUCGGAUCGCUUGGAUCGGGGGGGAACCCCCUAUAGCAGAGCCCGUCUGCGGCUUCGACGGUUCCGGGUGCUCCCUGCCCCAGGACCCUGGGGUUCUGUCAGCGGCUGCGGCUGUGGCAGCCGCCGCGAUCCUUGCAGCGGCCCUGCUCCUCCGCCACUACCGUUACGAGCAGAAGCUGGCGUCCGUCCUCUGGAAAAUCGAGGCUAAGGACCUCACUUUCAUAUCUGGCUGUGGCGACGCAAAGGCAUCGAUCCCUCAAGAGGUGGACACUCGUCGGGCGCAUACAACGAUUGCUCUGUAUAGAGGCAACAUCGUCGCGGUGAAAAGGUUGAAGAAGAAAAGCAUCGAUGUUACUAGAGCAAUUAAAAAGGAACUGAAACAGAUCCGCGAGCUGCGUCAUGAGAACCUGACCGCUUUCGUCGGCGUAUGCGUGGAGAGCGGAUCCGCGUGUGUCGUGACCGCGUAUUGUUCGCGCGGAUCUUUGGCGCGGGUGCUCGCGGACAGGGACCUGCUGCUAGACGACAUGUUCGUGGCGAAACUCGUCGCGGAUCUACUGCGCGGAUUGACGUAUCUUCACGACUCGCCGCUGGUGUCCCAUGGGAAUCUCACUUCGAGCAAUUGCCUGGUCGACAGCCACUGGGUGCUGCAGAUUACAGAUUACGGACUGCAUACGUUGAAAAGCGGAUGCAUGGAAACAGAAGAUCCUAUACGUAUGGAGAGGCGAAUGCUGUGGAGGGCGCCAGAGCUGCUGCGCGAUUGCAACCCACCCCCGUGGGGUUCGCAAAAGGGGGACGUUUAUUCCUUCGGGAUCAUCCUCUACGAGAUCUUAGGCAGGAACGGGCCUUGGGGUGACACAAAUUUAACGAACGCUGAAAUAAUCGGCCGGGUGCGUCACCCCAUCGGCGGGGUGCUGUUUCGACCGCCGCUGGGCGGCUUGGUCGCGCGCCCCUCUGUGCUGGCCGUGCUCAACGCGUGCUGGAGCGAGCGCCCAGACCGCCGGCCGGACCUCCGCCUGGUCUGGCUGCGUCUUAAGGACAUGCACGCCGGCAUGAAGACCAACACGUUCGACAACAUGCUUGCCAUGAUGGAGAAGUACGCAUCUAAUCUGGAGGCACUGGUUGAAGAGAAGACGAAACAGCUGACUCAAGAGAAACGAAGGACCGAAGACCUUUUAAACAGGUCACUGCCAAGAACCGUAGCGGAAGCCUUCAAGCGCGGAGAGCCGGUCCAAGCGGAGAGCUUCGACAGCGUGACAAUUUACUUUAGCGAUAUAGUCGACUUCUCAAGUCUCGCCGCAAAAAGCACUCCCAUGCAGGUCGUGGACGUGCUAAACGAUUUGUACACGUGUUGCGAUGCCAUCAUAUCCUACUACAACGUUUACAAGGUUGAGCCCGUAAGUGACGCGUACAUGGUUGUGGGGGGUCUCCCGGAGCGAAGCUCCAAGCAUGCCGCGGAAGUGGCGUCACUCGCGCUGCACUUACUCGACGAGGUGCCGCAGAUACGGUUCCGUCACGACCCAUCCGCCAGGCUGAACAUAAGGAUCGGUAUCCAUAGUGGGCCGUGCUCUGCUGGCGUGGUGGGUUACAAACUGCCGCGAUACUGCCUCUUUGGCGAUACGGUGAACAUCGCCGCGCGCAUGGAGUCCAUGAGCGACCCGCAGAAAAUCCACGUCAGCCACGACACGUACAUCAUGCUGAGAAAAUAUGGUGGCUACCACUUCAAGGAGAGAGGCGUUGUCCACGUAAAGGGGAGAGGCGAAAUGAAAACUUGGUGGUUGGUCGGGGAAGACCACGAAAGGAGGAAAGAGCCGUUCUAUCGAUUCCAGCCGGGCCUCAGCCGGAGUACAGUUGGCAGCAGCUACGGCGAGACGUCGUGGGGCCAGGAGCGCUCGAUACUCAACAUAAGGGACAGGGCGAGGCUGUCAUGUGGCGGGUCUCUAGGCCCGGGCUCCGCCCUGUCAUCCCCUGGACCGCCGGCGUGUGCGUGUUUCAUCCCGCAGAGGGACCACCACUCGGCGCCGGCGGUCACAUUCUGCGAGGAC